CCCCAGAAAGCUUUCUCUUUCGUAUGCUAAUUUCAAACAUGGCGGAAGCUCCAAGAAAUCGGCUACCUUCGGGUUAUGACGAGGACUUUGUGGAUGCCGUUGAAGAUGAGAAUCUCGGUUUGAUAUGUCAUUUGCCGCUCAAGGAACCAGUUCUAACGAGAUGUGGUCACAGGUUUUGUAAAGAAUGCCUCGAGGAAUAUUUUAGAAGACAAGAUGCUCAACACCAACCUAUAACUUGUCCUGUCGACAGGGAAGGUCUGGACCGAGAACGGGAUGUUUUCCCUGACAAAGCAACAGAAAGGAAGGUUCUUUCUUUUGCCAUCAAAUGUCCAAGUAAAGGUUGUGACUGGACUGGUGAACUGAGAAGCAAAGAGGUCCACUUGGCAUCCUGUCUUUGCAAACUUGUCCACUGUACUAACGAAAACUGUCACGUGACAAUGCAUAGGCGACAUCUCAAGGAGCACGUGACCAUCAAUUGCAUGUGGAGAAUUCUUGCAUGUGAUCACUGCAGUGAGCCACAUCCAGAGUGUAAGAUGCAGGAUCAUAUUGGACAGUGCAGCAAGUUCCCAGUAACUUGUUCCAACAGUUGUGGGGCUUCAAUUCCAAGGGAAAUGAUUGGAAAUCACAUUGAAUAUGAUUGUCCACUAACCAUAAUCUCUUGCCCUUAUGAAAAGAUGGGAUGUGAAACCAAGGUUCAGCGAGUUCAGGUGGAUUCCCAUCUUCAAUCAGCCACCAGACUCCAUCUUGAUUUAGCUUGUGCAAAAUUAACUAACACAGAAGUUAAGUUAAAUGACACUGACGCAAAAUUAAAUAAUGCACAUAGUAAGUUAAAUGAAACGUUUGUAAAGUUAAAUGAGACAGAAGAGAAACUUGAAGCAACACGGAAAGUAGUGGAGAAACUCGAGACACAAAUAUUUAUCUGGAGAAUUAACAGCUUUAGUGAAAUUGGGAGACAAGCAACAAUUGACGAAACACCUAGUAAAGAUAGUGUUCCUUUCUACACAGAUAGAGCAGAACGUUAUGGAUACAAGUUAAAAGUACGUAUUCAUCCUAACGGCUUUGCGGGGUCUUUUGAGGAUCAUCUGGUGGGGUUCAUUUUUGUAAUGGAAGGUGAAUAUGACGGUAUAUUACCCUGGCCUUUCAAAAAGAAAGUAAAUAUUUCAUUGAUUGAUCAACAGGAAGAUCCAGUUGAACGGCAAAACAUUUCGCCCCUGUGUGUACUAUCAAAAACUCGCCCAAACGUCUUUGCAAGGCCUGUGAAAGAAGAGAACGAAGCGUUUGGGUGUUUUGUUAUACCUAACGCAAAACUUCAUUCAAGGCGUUACCUUGUAGAUGACACUCUAUUUAUUCAGGUUGAGAUCAGCCCGUGAUAACUUUCCGCACCUGCAAACUUGAACAUAUCCAGACACAAUAAAUAUAAAACAACUUUUACAACCAAACAAUAGGGACUUCAAGGUACGCUACGGCGAACUACUACUACGGCUACUUUGGCCGUGGGGGACUAGGCUGGCAACCCCGUUUUCUCCGCAAAACUCGAACGAAUUAAGAUUUCGCUGUACAGCAAAUCUUUACAAAAUAUGGCUUCGUUCAAGGAAACCAGGGACUUUUAAUUUUUCUACUUUCGUACGGCUUUGGCUAGAUUAAUGACGAGAAUCUCCUCUUUCUGUACCAGAAAUUAGAUUUGACUCUCAGCUGUUUUAGAACCGACUGUAAUUCCAACCACAAAAUAAAAUAACACUGAUAAAAAGCUCGA